GUUUACAAAUAGUGGAUUGUAUACGUAAACAGUAUAACCUUAAAGUAAAGAUACAUAAUACGAUGGAUAUUAAUAAUAAUGUGGAAUUAAUACGACAGGAAAUAAUUAAAAACCAUCUUCAAUUUACUGCAUUAAUACAAGAUAUACAACAAUGUAGUGGACCCUUAGAAUUACUUAAUGAACUUAAUACAGAAGGAAGGGAAAAAAUUACAGCAUUAAAAUCCAGUAUAGAAAAGUUGAGUUCUCUAGCCGAAAUCAAAGUUAACGAAAAGGAAAGAACAGAAUUGCUAGCAGAAGUUGAAUCAUACAAGUGCCAAUUAACUGCAUCUCUUAAAACAUUUCGCAAAGCCAAUGUUAUUAGCGCAUGUGUUAUAGAUAAAUUGUCAAGAGAGGAUUUACUUUCGAUAUCUGAAGAACAACAAAAUGCUCUUCGUAAACGAAGGGAUAAACAGGGUUUAGCGAGUGCAUCUAGUCAAGUAACAGAUAAACUAUUAAGCAUUUCCAGACACUUAGCUGAAACAACUCAGAAAAGUGCAGACACUUUAGACACACUCUUAACAUCUUCGGAUAAAGUGUCUGGAACUAAAAAUGAAUUGGAACAUCAACAGCAAGUAAUAGUGCAAUCAGGAAAAUUGUUAGGAAAAUAUGGUAGACGUGAGGUUACUGAUAAAGUAGUACUUUUUUUAGCAUUUGCUUUCUUCCUUGCUUGUGUCUUUUAUAUUUUACAAAAAAGGCUCUUUUAAAUGUUCAAAUAAGUUGUACAUAAGUUAUAUCAAUGUAUAACACUAUUCCAAAUCUAUUCCUUUUUUAUUUAUAAUGUAAUGAUGAAUUAAGACCAUAUGAUCUAUAAAAAGAC